AUGUAUUGGCAAGAAUGGGAACUAUUUGUGGCAUUUCAUGUGGCAUUUCACACCAACCUGAUGAUCAAAUGUGGAAAACAAACAGCUUAUCUGAAGGACUUGUAUUGUGGUGCCCAUGGGACUCAAGCUACAUUAGAUCUUGAAGUGAAUCUGAAGGAUCUUUCUGUCUAUCUAGCUCAAGAGCAGUUCCCAUGUUCGAUUUUGACAGAUAAAUUCAACAGUGAGACUAUCAACUGGGAGAAUGGUGAGAAUUUGAUUGUCAAUGGCUCAUCUGCCAAGUGGGGGGAUGUGUUCGUUGUUAGGACAAUCACCCUGAACCAGCCCACUGUCAUCACUCCUGGACUCGAAAAACAACUCCAUAUCUUUCAAUGCAAGUAUGACUACCUCUCAGAAGAAUUCACAAGUGAAGAUCUCGCCAACGAAGAGAUUAAAAACUUGGAGAAUUCAAUAGCUACUCAAGGGGACCUUCGCCAUAAGCUUGCUGAGCACUGUCAUAUAACAAUUCUUUUCACAACCCAGCCAUUCACCCCUGGCAUCUCUCGUGAUUCCUCCCUUGUAAUUGCAAUGGACAAUUUCGAAAAGUAUUUCAGUCCAGUAUUUACUUCGCGUGCUGUGUUUUUCUCAACUAAAGAUGUCAAUCCCAACUUCUCAGAGCUGAAAAGAAUGGAGAAAUAUAUCCCAGGAGUCAGCGAAGUUACCUCCAAAGAAGUUGUAGAAAAUCAGCCAUACAUCAGCAAGGAUGACUUCUACGAAAAGCAUAGUCAGGCCAAACGAGGCAUGGAAGAUUACAAGCAAAAACACCCUGGAAAGAAGCGCAAGCUCAGCUUUUACCCGUUUGAUGCAUUAUAA